AGAAAAAAUAUGUUGAAAAUAUUGAUCACAUUAACGCUGUUAAAAUAUUUAUGUGCAAUUGAUUUGCUUUGCUAUAAAAGUUUUACAGAAAUUCGUCAAGAACAUAAAUUGAUUGGAAAACAGUAUCAGUACUUUUUUUCAAACUCCGAAUAUUCGAAUAUUAUUGAUGGUUCACUGUCUUGGGAUGGAUCGCCAAUUCUAAAACAAGAAGUGUACAAUUCGGUCGAAAAUUUGAAAGGUCAGGAAGUAAUCGUACACCGGACAACUAAUUGUGGUGGUGAGGGACGCUGCGAGGAUAUCGAAGCAAAAAUUGUCGAUCCAAACACGUUAUUACUUGAAAAUACUGAAUCUGGCACAUAUUUUUAUGCUGAUAGCCGAAAUGUGGACUACAAAACGAAACCGCUUGAUGCUGGUACAACAUUAUCCAUUGACUUUGUUGAUCAGAAACCCAGAAACAGUGGCACAUUAUCCUAUUUGGUUCGUAGCAUAACAUGGACACCAAGAUAUGCAUUGUCAAUAUCAACCAAAGGAGUUUGUAAUCUAAAGUCAUACGCAAAUAUUCGAAAUAAUAUGCAACAAGAAUACUCCGUUGAAAAUACGCGUCUUCUUGGCGGCGAUGUUCCACUAGCAUCAUCUUAUUCUAGUUCACCAGUCAUACGAACAAUGGCACUCAGUAAAGCUGUGUCCACACAAGCUGACAGUGUUACUGCAGAUGGAAAUCAAAUGGGUAUCUAUUCGUAUACAUUUCCUCAAAAAUAUACACUGCGACCAGCAAGUACAAUCACAAUUCCCUUCGUUGACAUUCUCUGUGCUUGUGAUUUCUCUUAUGCGGCAUCGGUGAGUAUUGGCGCUACCGUCCAGAGAGGAACAUUUCAGCGAAGGUAUGCACUAACACCUAAUCAAUUUAUGCCAAGUGGUAUUGUGACAAUUCGAGAUCAACAGCUUUUAGUUGGCCAAGCCAACUUACCAGAUGUACCGGCCAACUACACUCAAAUUGUUUCAGUUGGACAAGAUUCGGAUGUACGUUAUUAUGUUGAAAGUAACUUGACAAGUAGUGAAGAGAAACCCGUUGUUCGAUAUUACAAUGUUCUUGUUACACUAUCAAAUUAUAAAGACAAAUCGGUUCAAGCCAAACUUGAAAUCUAUGGUGCACUUCAAACAAGUGUUAUCGACAAUACAAGUGAAGAUGUCUCUGUGAAAGGGAAUGUCAUUAGUGUAGGUACAAAUUUGAAAAGCAAGGGAAAUAGUACUUACGUGUUAUCUGUUCGUUUACAAUACAAUUAA